GAGACAGUCUAGUGUUUUGCCUACAAAGAAGAAAAUGUGUUUGGAGGAACAGCCAGAAAUCUUUCUGUUCUCUGGAAGAACUUGUAUAAGAUAAGAAAUGCUAGCAUCAUGGAUUUCUUUAGUCACUUAACCUAUUUUCUGGCUGCUGGUGCUGUUAGUCUGGGAAUUGGAUUCUUUGCUUUGGCAUCUGCUUUGUGGUUCCUGAUUUGCAAACGAAGGUGGAGUGGGGACUUGAUAGAAAGAGCGCAUGAAGUAGAGAAGAGAACGGUGACAAGAUUAAGGCUGACACCUAGGACUUUAUCAGGAGCAGCUGAGUGGUUGUGCCAUUUUCUGAGAGAAAUAUUUGAGGGUUCCAAAUUUAAGGCAGUUGAUGAAAAGAUGAAGCCAGGAUUAUGCAAAGCAAAGCUUAAAGCUCAGCCUCAGUGUGUUUUCAUUUCCCGGAACUUCCAUGUUGGCCAUUCACAGAUGGAGAAAAAAGAAAAGGAAGAAGCGGAAAUAAAAGCUGUGAGAAGUCACUCUAAAGUUGAAUUCUGCCUCCAGGAUCCCUUCAGCUGUGAGUCCCCUGAGAUGACCUCAGUAGCAAAUGGCAGCAGUAUGACGACACUGAGCUUAUCACCAUCAGUCUCUAGUUCUUAUUGCUGCCAAACCAUAGAAGAACCUGAAGACUGGUUUUCUGAUGAUUGUCUAAGAACCAGGACCCCCUCAAAGAAUCCUUUACUCGGGGAGCCUCUAACGGAGAAGGUGCUUUCCUACCUGUCAUCCAUUUCGUUAGAAGAGUGGCCUGGGAACAAAGUGAAUACCAUACUUUGUAGCGGGCAAAAAGCUGACAGCAUUAAGGAACUAUCGGUACAGAAAAACAGAGAGGUUGGCAAACACAACCUUCAAUUUAAUAUUGAAUGACUUUUUUCUUUUGAAACCUGGAAUAGAGUGAAAUCAUGUAAAGUUAAAACUGAAUUAUGAAC